GACCUGUGGAGGAAAUGCGGGGCCUUGACCUUUAUCUCACAAGCUGGGCUGCCAAAUAUGGGGCCGCUGAAGGGUAAUUCUGCAGGCGGAUUUUGCUUUCGCUUCUGUUAGUGUGCCAUUAAAAGAACAGACUCGCUUCCCCUGAGGACUUAUAGUAGGCGCUGCAGACUUGGCAAGGAGGCCGUGGGAGAGUGCUGUCGUUCGUUUGUCAGUGGCACUGCGAGUGCUGCCCUCGAAUGCUUUCUGGUUAAUAAGUUAAGUUGUUGGCAAAUGAACGUGCCCGCUGGGAAGCUCUGCAGGAAGAGCCGUCAGCCUGAAAAGUCUGCUCCUGCACCAUCUUACAGGCCCUCUGAGGCAAAAUGGAAGAGGCAUUGCAGCCCGUGGAAGAGGCACUCCUUUUUGCCCUGGAUGACCUACGUGGGGAGAACUUCAAGCGGUUUAAAAACAAGCUCUGCUUCCUGAAGAUGGAUGGGAAGGCCCCCAUUCCGUGGAGCCAGUUGCGGGACGCCGACACCGUGGACACCGUGCAGUUGCUCCUUCAGGCCUACGGAGAGGAGGGGGCCCGAGACAUGGCCAUUGAGGUCCUCAAGACAAUCAACCUGCAGGGUUCUGCCUCCAGGCUCCAGAAGUCAAAAAGGAAUGACUGCAGGAAGAAAUACAAACAGCAUAUCCAGGAGUCGUUUGGGAGCAGAUGGGACCAGCCGAUCCACCGAGGCAUAAUGGUGAGUCUCCGCCAAAGCUACACAGAGUUGCUUCUGACAAGGACUCCAUGCCCACAGGGGACAGCACAUGAGCAGAAGCACCAGGAGAUGGAGGCUCACCCCAAAGACUUCCUUGAGGUCAGCCUAGAAAGUCUGUUUGUCUCGGAUGCCCAGAGUCAAAGCUCCCGAACUGUCGUAUUGCUGGGACCUGCUGGAGUGGGGAAAACUACAGUCAUGUGGAAGAUAAUGCUGGACUGGGCGUUUGACAAGCUUUGGCAGGAAAGGUUUGACUAUGUCUUCUACAUCCCUUGUGGAGCAAUAGACUGUACUGGCCAGCCCAUGAGUGUGGUUGACCUGAUACUUGGCAGCUGCCCUCCAGGAAUUCUCACAGAGGACGUCUUCAUGAACCAAGAGAGCCUCCUGGUCAUUCUGGAUGGUUUUGAUGGACUGAAGCAUCCCAGUCUCCCAAGUGAGACGCUGAGCAGUGAUCUGCACAAAAAGCAGGCCCCCAAGGACUUGUUGUUGGGUCUGCUUGGGAAAAAACUCCUCGCCAAGAGCCACCUCCUCGUGACCUCAAGACCCACAGCUCUCAGAUCCCUCCAGCUGAGCCUGAAGCAGCCACAGUUUGUGGAAGUUCUGGGGUUUUGCCCAUCUAAGAGGAAGGAGUAUUUCCACCACCACUUCAGAAACCAGGAAGAAGCCACCGGAGCCUUCGAAAUCAUGCAGAGAAAUGAAACCCUUUUCAGCAUGUGCUGCCUUCCUGUGGUCUGUUGGAUUAUCUGUUCCAUCUUCAGAAAGAAACUGCAAAGCGGCCUCUUCAACGUUAUCCCAGAGACAGCAACACUCACUGAAAUUCACAUGCUGCUCCUGUUUAAUUGCCUUGAGGGUUGCUUUAGACCGAGCAACCUGGAAGCCCUGUGCUCCCUGGCCAAAGACGGGAUCCUCCACAAGAUGAUGGUCUUCGAUGAAGAAACGCUGAAAGCACAUGGCCUGAGUCACCCAGAAUGGGAAGCCCUUUCUGCUAGUGGCAGGGUUCUCCACCAAGCUGUCUUCGGCACAGCCAUGUAUAAGUUUACUCACUUAGGUUUCCAUGAAUUCUUUGCAGCCUUGUUCUUUCUUCUGGAGAAAGAUGAGGACCCUGCAUCACCUCUGACAGACCUGAAUAAGGUUUUGGGACACAGGAAGCAGCAGCAGCACAGUGACUACUUCAUGUUGUUGCGUUUCCUCUUUGGCCUCUCUAACACAAAGAGGCUGAGUGCCCUUCAGAAAACAUGGAGCUGUCAGGCAGACAGGAAGGGACUCUUGCCAGAAUUGUUGAGGUGGGUGGAAGAGGAAGCCAAGCAUCAUUAUUUCAAGAGGCCGCAGAACCUGAUGGAAUUGUGUCACUGUGUGUAUGAAACUGAGGACACUGAGUUUGCCAAGAGGGUGAUGGGACACAUUCACAGUCUGGAUCUUCGAGAUCAGCUCUCUACCAAGCUGGAUUUUGAAGCUCUUUGCUUUUGCCUGACAGCUUCUGACGUUCCCCACUCUCUUUGGCUCUCUGGCUAUCUAUUGGGCCCUGCAGGACUUGAGCAUCUUUUACCCGGACUGCUGACAUCUUCUGACAUUCAUCUAAAUCGCUGUGGACUGUCGACUGCCGCAUGUGAAACUCUUGCCUCAGUUAUGGAGACAAACCAGGGCCUGACCACUUUGGACUUGGGUGACAAUCCUUUGGGUGACUCGGGUGUGAUUUGCUUGUGUGACAGAUUGAUGCACUCAUGUAGUCAGCUUCAGAGUCUCCGGAUGAAUUGUUGCAAUCUUACAGCUGCAGCAUGUGAGUCCCUGUCACGGUUUCUGGUAUUUAAUCAGUGCCUAACGGAGCUGGAGCUGGUAGGGAAUCACCUGGAAGAUCUGGGAGUCUGGCAACUGUGCGAAGGACUGAAGUGCCCACAAUCCAGGCUUCAAAGACUCUUGUUGCACAGCUGCGGGCUCACAGAUGCUGUAUGCGAGGGCUUGGCCUCCGUCGUGGGAACCAGUGAGUCCCUGACAGAUCUGGGCCUGGGUGAAAACCAGCUGGGAGACGAGGGUGUCAGGCAGCUGAGUGCGGCACUGAAGAAGCCGAGCUGCAGGCUGAAGAGACUGGAGCUUACAAUGAAGUUCCUCAAUCAAACCACGAAGAAAAAGCUUCAGGCAGCUUGUGCCACACAUCCUGAGCUCCUCUUGGUCUCCUACUACCCACCUGGUUUCCCAGUUUUCCCAGGAGAAGACUCCUAGGGUGAAUUCAUAAGUGUUACUGAUCCCUUGAUAGCAGCUAAGGACCAGUUCUGGUGUCUUCUGUGAUCUCUGACCCUCCCAAAAGCACAAAGGAGGCAAUUUGCUUCUUUCACAUGAGGGGCACCAUCGUUUAGGAAGGAUGUCAGUAAGCUGUAAUGAGUCCAGUGUAGGGCAAUGAAGCUGACGAGAGGUUUGGAGACGAUGUUCUACUAGGAAAGGCUGAAGGAGCCAGGAAUCUGUACGAUGGGGAAGAGAUGCUUGGAAGGCGAUAGAAUCACCAACUUCCAGUACCUAAAAGGAUGCCAUGCGAAGAAUGGGAUGGCCAUGUUGGAUGACAAGACUCGGGCUAAUGGAUAUAAGUACAGCAAUGGCAAUUUUGUCUAAAUUUGAGGAAGAACUUCCUGACGAAGAGGUUCGCUUAACACUGGAACAGUAUUCCUUGUGAGGUGGUAGAUUUUUUCAUCGUUGGGCGUUUUUAACCAUCAACAAGAUACCUACUUCUAAGGGAUAGUUAUAGUUGUAGUUCCUGCUUUAGCAGGUGGUUCAACUUGAUGACUACAGUGGUCUCUUCCAAUUCUGAGAUUAAAUUAAAAAUUAAAUUAAAAA